AUGGCAGAACCAACUACUUCUGUCCCUAUUAGUGAAGAAACAAUUCUUCAAGAACGUAGAAGAUCUGUAUGCGGUGAAAGUUACGAUCCAGAACAAGAUAAUGAUAUCUCAAAUACAUUUUAUGAUAAAUCCAGCGAAGACCGAGAAAUGAUCAACAGGGUUUUAAAAAAUGUUUGGCUGACGAAAGAAAUGGAUCUUGACCAAAAAGAAGCGAUAAUAGAUGGUAUGAUGCUGCAAAGUUACAAAGCAGGAGAAGUGCUCUACGACGUUGGUGAGCCCGCCGAAAAAUUUUAUAUAGUAAAAAAUGGAAAAUUCGAAGCUUACGAGAAUAAGUUAUUGGAUCCUAAUCUUAAAGACGAUGGUAAGCCUACGCCUUACAAUCCGUCGAACAAUAUAUCGUUGGUAAAAACGUUUGAAAAGGAAGAUUUUUUCGGGGAAAUAGCUUUAUUGUAUGAUCCACCUAGAUGUCUGCGUGUACAAGCUUCAAAAAGUUCCGAUAAUUCUGUCUACGAGAUACAGAGGCAUUUGUUCAGAAAAUUAGUGAUUCAACGGGCUUUCCGGAAGCGCAAAAAGUAUGAAGAAUUCGUCUGUAAAUGUUCCCUGUUUGAUCAUUUGUCAGAGAGGGAGAGAAUAAAGGUGGUAAACGCUUUAAGAACCAAAUGCUACGCGGAUAAGGAAAUGAUUAAGCCUAAGGGCGAACAGAUGACUGGCAUGCACUUUCUUCUCAAAGGAAAAGUGAAGAUAGAAUACGAUGAACCUAAGGUAGUCCCCAGCCAACCCUCUACAAAGAAAGAUCCAAAUACACUGGUUAUAAGCCCUGGACAGUGGAUAGGAGAGCUCACUUUACUCAUGAUGGAAAAGAUUCCAUCGAAGACUACCUGUAUGAGUGCUCAGGCGGUCGGGAAUGUGACCACGGGUUAUAUGGACGCUUACGAUUUCGAAAAAAUUUUAGGCAAAAAUUCGAUUCAACGCAACAGUAAAAAGUAUGAAGAUUUGGUGAGAGUAGCACUGGCCAAACCUGGGUAUUAAAAAAAUCUGAGGAAAAAUGAGAA